UGCGUCGCCUCCACCACUCUCGGCUCAACAGUCAUACCGUUCGCGCCGCUCAGUCUCCGCUCCAUCUGCCCCGCUCGCUUCAAAACCACCAGACGCUGUUUCCCGCCAACUCCCCGCCUCGCUACACCCCGCCCUACUCAGCAACAAGGUGUGAGACAGACACACAGAGAGAGAGAGAAAGAUGACGACAAGAACUACAGUGACAAGGGAAAUUAAGUGAACAAAUAGCUAGUGACACUGAUACACGAGUGACCGGGGAAGAGAAUCUGAACUCAAGAGGAUUGAAAUCUAUUAGGAAGAGAAUCCAGUCCUUUUAAGAGAGAAUCUGAAUCUACAAAAAGAACACGACCAUAAAGAACAGUAAUCUCAAACCUCAUAUGAAAAAUAAUCAUAAACUAUUUGUCUGGUUGAAAUAAAAGAUUUGAAUGUAAAGAAAACAAAAUCUGAACACUGCGAAGAAGAUCAGGUGUGCUCAGGUGGCAAAAUUAAUUAAAAAAGGUACUCUCUAUUCAAACACGGCCAUUCACUUCACACUGCUGUAAGAUUAAAGAAGAAAAAAGUUAGUGACAAAGCAUUUCUGGCUGUUAUUUAAUAUCACAGUAACAGAAAACAGAAGGAAAAAAAACUUGAGUAGGAGAGGAUAAAAAAACGAACGAAAAGUGAGCGAAGAAUUCUGAAAACGGAAGAAGAUUACGAGAUAAGAAGAAGAAAAAGAAGAAGCGUGCGGAAGAUUGAUGUGAUUGCCUGACCGCCCUGACUGAUUGAUUGACACAGGCACUGCACGAACAAGAAAGAAAGAGAUAAGGAAAGAAUUGAAUACGACACAUAACACCACCACCACCACCACCACCCACUCACCUACAAGAACCUAACUUAACACCUUAAGAACACCAAGAAGAGGAGCAACCACCACCAUGCAGUCCCUGCAGGAGCUUCGGGAGUCCCUAGAGAUGGCGGAGCACCUGGCCCGUCUCUCCCUCACGUCUGGAAGCGACAGAGACGACGCAACCAAGCCGCCUGCAGCCUCUUUCAAGCCUUACGUGCCCCCAAAGCAGCUUCUCCUCUACCUCGUCAGAAUGGGCAGCUUUACAUCAAAGCCGCAAGUUGAGAAGGUUGAGUGUGCAGAGGAUAAGGUUGGAGUGCCUGACGGGGUGGCAGCCGGCAGAGCACUGUUGCAAUGGGUGAGGGAGCCCAUUGCACACCUCCCCCCACUCCUCCCACGCCUCUAUCGGACACCUCCACUCCCCUCCAUCCCUAACGCCUCCCUGCCCAGCCCCACACAGGCACCCCUUCCUCCGCCCUCCAACCCUUCUUCCUUCAGAGUGAUGCAGUGGAAUAUCUUGGCUCAAGCCUUGGGAACACACGCUGACAACUUCGCCCAGUGUCCGAGGGAGGCACUGGAAUGGGACACUCGCAAAUUCCGCAUUCUAGAAGAGGUCUUGACACACCUGCCCCACGUCCUCUGUCUACAGGAGGUGGACCACUUCGGGUAUCUGGAGAAGGUACUGGCCAGGCAGGGGUACCGGGGGGUGUUCAUGCCCAAGCCAGACUCCCCGUGCCUCUACCUGCCCAACAACAAUGGACCAGAUGGGUGUGCAAUCUUCUGGGACGACAACAAGUUCGAACUGGUGAAGAAAGAGUCACGUGUGGUGGAAGUGUGGCAUGUUCAGAGCAACCAGGUUGCCAUUCUGCUGGUGCUGGAGGAGCGAAGCAGUGGGCGGCGCCUGUUGGUGCUCACCACACACCUCAAGGCCAGGCAGGGCGCGCUCCUCGCCUCCCUCCGCAACGAGCAAGGCAAGGACCUCCUCUCCUUCCUGAACACCCACCGCAGCAACGAGCCGACAAUAGUGUGUGGGGACUUCAACGCCGAGCCAACUGAGCCUGUCUACUCCACCAUGACGGAAGCAUCCACUCGGCUACGGUCCUCGUAUGCCUACCUCAAUGGUGGGUCUGAGCCAGACUACUCCACAUGGAAGGUCCGCGGGGAUGUGGACUGCUGCCACAACAUUGACUACAUCUUCUACACGCCAGAGUCGCUUCAGGUCACCGGUGGAGUGGACGUGCCCACAGAGGAGGACCUGGGUCCUGGUCGCGCCCCCUGCCUUGCAUACCCCUCUGACCAUUUCUCCUUGAUCUGUGACUUGUCCUUCUCCGACGCAGACACACAGAUGCCUCUGCCCACGCGCUCAGCCAAUCACAUGCACGCCAAGCCGGAGAGCAGUCGAUAACCGCUUGUCCAGAUGGCUGGGAUGGCGUGACAAGCGCUGACGGUGACACACUUGCACCUCUGGCCCAGCACGCUGCCGGCACACCUGAGCCUUCACCUGUAGCAGUCCCGACGCAACGGGAGGCAGGACCACAUGCACUGCGCUGCCAUGCACUAGGAUCCCUCAGGUGUGGAGGAUCAAGUAGUAGUUUUUGCACACAUAGACGACCAAGAUACCUUCAUGGGGGAUUGAAACACCCUUACAAAGGAUCAGAACACCUUUAAGAGGAUUAAAAUACCCUCAAAUAAGGUAAAUAAACUCAAUAAAAGCAUCAAGAUAAGGAUCUGCACCCUUAAACAUUUCAGCAUCUUGUCUCCACGGCUUUCAACAGGCUACUGAGGAAAUUGCCAAGAUUCUCAGGGUGUUUUCAUAAUCCUAGUGGUGACUCAAGAAAAUAAAUUGCCAAUGGAAAAAAAAAACACUCUUGAGAACAAGUAAUUUAUGAGGUGUUUGAAAGAAGUGAGAGAACAAGAUGCUGCAAAACACAGGCCUUGGUCCACUUUAUCACACCAGGAGCAGGGAGCAGUGGGGCAUUGGUAGUUGCUGUGUGAUGUGCUGUGGUGUGCUUGACGGUCUGGCCGGCUGUCCGUGCUGUAAAGUGAUGUGUAAUUGAUGCUGCAUGCCUCAAAGCAUGCAGUGUCUGUGGUGAUGAAGUACAACAAUGCAAAUAUACAAAUCCUUCGCUGGCAUUCAAUCUAUGGCUGUCUGUGUGGCAAUGUGACGAGGAGUGAUGCCACGUGACUCAGAGCACGUGGUGUCCUUGUGGUGAUGAAGUACAACAGUGAAAACAUACAAAUCCUUCACUCAGCAUUCAAUCUGUGGCUGUCUGUGUGGUGAUGUGAUGAGGAGUGAUGCCACGUGACUCAAGUACAAGGGAAAGAUACAAAUUCGUCACUCAGUUUACGUUCAGGUAACAAGUCAAUGCUUCUGUUAUUUUCUCAGUAAGGAGACAAAAUGAAGCCACUGUACUGUUAUUUUCUCUCACUAGUUGACUGGUUCUCCCUUACAGAAGUUCUCAUUCUCUGUAAAAGCUUCUCUGUGUCUGAAGGAGGCCAGCUAAGGGCACAACAGAAGGGAAAAUGACAGAAUUGCUAAUACUUGCUAAAACUUCUAUUUAAACAAAGUACGCAAAGAUUUUUCAGUAAUGGUUCUACCCCAUGAUGAACUCUCUAACUAACCUAAUGACUAAAUCUAACAUAAUUAGAUUUAUGUGAAUUCUACAAACAAUAAGCAUUUCCCAGUGAAGUCUCUUAAACUGCUUCCUAAAAUGGUAAAUUGCUAACCUUCCCCCAUUAUCAUAAACUCCUAACUUAAUUUUAUCUUGGGGAACAAUGUCUAUUUCACCUACAGCAAUUCCUCACUUUGAUAGUCUUAACCUAAUUUGUUGCAGAGAAAUCACUUUAUAUCACAACAAACUGGGUGCUAAUCUACUUCAUCUUGUGGGAAACUCCUUGUAUUUAACCUCCAGUAAUCCCUACCAAGUAAAUGCCUGACCAAACUCAACUUUUAAUUCACGCGAGGAAAGACUGCGAGGAAAACCUGUACUAGAACGUUCAAUAGGGAAAUAAACACUGAGGAAACUUAAGGGAAAUAUAAUAACAUACUUGCUUUGACCUCAGCACUCCUAACACCUUUCCUUAUCAAUCUAUCUCUUACCCAAUACUCAGUUACCUUAAGUCUGUGAGAGGGGGAGCAUGGCCAUUUCCAAGUGACAUUAUGGUUGUGUUUGUGUAAGAAAGGUGAUUCAGGUCCCACAAAUCUGGAUGUAGUUUCCAUGUCCUGGCCUACAAAUAAAUGUGGCUUCUACCUUUAGCCUGUGUACAGCUGUCCAAGGAAGUGAUGUCAUGUUCCAGAAAGUGUUUUGGGUGUAGAGCAACUAACAGGGAAACAAAGAAAAUUGUCUUCUCCAAAAUAUUUCAGGCAACAAAAGUAACUCAUUUUCCACUAAAUACAGAAGAAAAUACAGUAAAUAAAUGAAUGAAUGAAUGAUAAAAUACUCAUUCAACAAAAAGUUUCAGAAAAAAAGAAAACUCUAUCUUGGCUAUUACAAAACUCAACAACAAACAACCAAGGCAACGUAUUCACUUCCACACAGUCUAAAGGCAAAACAGAAUGGCCUUUCUGACAUCACCCUUAGGCAGCACCCACAGCCCACACCCAAUACACCCACACCUACACAGUGACUAGCAGCUUAUUACACCCAGUUUCCUUAAGUCUACUAGGGCUAGGAUGGCACCUCUUAUGCAGUCACUAUGAGCUUCAGUUAAAUAGGAGGCUGCAUUUUAGUUACACUGCAAGGUUAAGUAAAUCAAUGAUGUAUUUAUGCAUUACAUCAAGCAAUGCUAUCAGAGGAAGGGGACAGUCUUGGGACCACCUUUCGAAACCCACACGCAGAGUUACUUUUGAAAAUUUCUAUAUUUAAACUAGCACUAAUUGUUAGCAUAUGAUAAACUUAAAUGCAAAAUUUGUGAAGGGGAUGAAAUAAAUGUAGUAAUGAUUGUAAUAAACAGGGAAAGAGGUGAAGCCUGCCUUAGAGAGAGAGAGAGAGAGAGAGAGAGAGAGAGAGAGAGAGAGAGAGAGAGAGAGAGAGAGAGAGAGAGAGAGAGAGAGAGAGAGAGAGAGAGAGAGAGAGAGAGAGAGAGAGAGA